UCCGUAUCUACUUUUGAGUAGGGUGUGUUCGUGUAUCCAGAGAAGUCUGUCUGUACACAGAGGUAGCAGAAGAAGAAAACUGAGAGGCCUGCCACUCGGCAGCAUAGUGACAAAUAGGGACACAUAGACAGUACAUGCACACAGGGGCGCGAAGCCGCACCAAUGCCGCGGACAAAUAUCGCUACAGAAAGGACCGAAUAAGCAAAGAUACAUCCUCAAAUCUCAAUGGGCCUGAGCACACACAGUGGCCAAAGCGCACGUGUGUCUUGCAAGCCGGUUUUUGCAAGAGGCAUCUUGCCUUGGGUUUGGCUUCCUUGUGUGUCUCAUGGAAGAGCCCUGCUCCGAUGGCAUGAAGGGCGCGUGAACACCUGACAGACACCAACAAGACAAUGGUGCUCUCAGACUCAAGCAAACAACGUGUCAGCACAUCGGGUAGCCCACCGUAAGCCUUUGGCAGGCCCAUCUCCCCUUCAGGGAUGUAGGCAUUCACACGGGGCUCCGCAGUCGUCCUGACGACGCACGAAAUGGUGAGACAUGAUGCGGCACACGGGUUUCUCUCCCCUUCUCACUUGGUGACGUUUGCAGUGAGCAUCUCCUCCUCCUGCUUCCGUGACCGGGCUGCCUCUGCUUCAGCGACCUGCACACCGCACAGACCCGCACAGGAUGGAGACCAUCAGCCCGACGGUUCCGUCCGCCUUGUUAGACCUUUCUGUCCUCGACGAUGAUCAUUUUGGUGAAUUCGAUGUCGGCGUGUGGCGUUGGCCGCCUGCCCUCACUCAUGUUGAGCCUGGCGCUGUCCACUCUGCCCUGAAUCUCAUCCCUCUCCAGCUGAAGCUUCAAAGCCAUCGCCUAUUGACCCAUUAGAUACACGGUGGUGUAUCUCUCUCUCUGUGGCAAUGUCGUGUUUUGACCUGGUACAUGGAGAGCUCAGACACGAUGGCCAUCAUCUUCUUGGUCAGCUCCUUCAGCCGAGUUUGGAACAGAUUGACCUAGUUUAAAGAGAGACAGCCAGGCAUAUGGAAACGGUCUUUCUGUCUGUUCGACGACUCGCCGUGUCCGUCACUUCGCUCACCUUGUGUGACAGCUCCAGCGUGUCGCUGCGGCCAUCGACUGCCUGCAGCCUAAGCUUUUCUGAGAAGGCAGAUAUCUCGUCAAACACCAGCUCCUUCUCCAAGAGCUUCUCCUGAUCGCACACGCGAUGGACACAGCUAUGAGCAUGGUUGCAGUCUCCACCCCUCGCGGCUUUCUCGCGUCUGCUCACCUUCUUCUCGUUUAGCCGUUCCUCCAGCCACUGAAGUUUGGCCGUCAGCGUCUCGGUGUCCGCAUCGUCACUGACGAUACGCACACAAAGAUGCAGGGAUGCGUUGCCGACGAGACACACGAAGUCUGUUCAUUUAUUUUUCUCACCCCUCCAGCUGCCUCCAUUUCCUUUGCUGCGACGUGGGGUCCUCUGAAAAUACACAGACAGCACUUUGGACGGCGAGCAAUUUUGGACGUUGCACAGCGUACCGAAUUCCAGGCUGAGCUGGUCCGUUUUCCUCUUCUCAUCCACAAGCUAUCCAUCGCACAGCCAGAAAAUGGUCAAUCUCCGAUCGGUCCAUUUACGGCUUUGUUCUCACCUGUUCCCGUAGCUCCGUGGCCUCUUUAGCGAGGAACGGCACCUGCGGGAUCUUCUUGAGCUCUGUUUGCAGCUGUCUCUGGAUCUCAGCCAUGUCGAUCUUCAGGAUGCGCAGCUCCUGUGGACAAAGGCGGAAAAGUAGAGAGGGAUGUGCGGAGGGUAUCAGUAUGUGAAUGUCCCACCUCAUCUUUUUGGAGCUGAGCAUCGCGGCCCUUCUUGAGAAGACGCUCUGGCCAGAAAAUGUUGCGUGUGCAUGGCCACUGUUGACAAAAAGUGAGGACAUCUGUCUACCUUGCAUAUUGGCCUUCUCCCACAGAAUGCAGAGCUCGUCAUUCCUGAAACGUGUCAUGCAAAGAGUGUCAGACACAACUUUGGGAGCAAUCAGAUCGUGAGACUCUACCUGUCAAUGAGCUGGAUGCCUGUGAAGUUGCGGCCCUCAACAGCUGCCUGUAGGGAUGCCACAGGAGACGUGUGCUUUUGCACCUUCCGGUCCGGAAAGCUCGUGUUGGUUGACCUCAUAGUUUCUUUUGAGCUGUAUCAUUCCCUUCUCGAUGGCGUUGAUGAUGGAGUUCAGCUUGUCGAUCUCGACCACGUACUGCUCAACCUCCUCUGACCACACACACACAUUGCACAAUGGACACAAGAAUGGAUGCAGGGGUUGUCGCUCGGUCGUACCGUUGAGUGCGGCCGCCUUGCCGGAUACCCUUGAGUAUUCGGCUCGAAGACGGUCGCGCUCUUCGCGCUGCUUUUGCGUCUCCAUCCUCGUUUUCUGGGACACGCAAAAUGGGCGAAAAGUAAGCAGAUAGGAAACAUACGUACUCGAUCCUACCGAGAGUGCUCUGUCCUUGCCCUGCGACUCCAUCUUAAGGAUUUCCACUUCGUUCUGGAGGAUUUUAUGUCGCUCCUUCAUCUCGGCGAUUUGCUGCUCGGCAGCCUGUAUGUGGGUCACGUACUUGUUGCGCUCGUUCUUGACCACCUCAUACAGCGUGCAGUAGUCCUUCUGCCGCUGAGAGGUCUCUGACAGCUUCUUUCUGAGAUCGUUCUCCUCCAGCAUCUGCGCAGAGAGGGAGAGGUGCGCAGGGAUACAUGCAUACAGCAAAGACUCUCUUACUUUCAUCUGCACAUCUGCCCAUGUCUCCCGUGCCAGGCGGAUGGCGACGGAGCUCUCGCGGGCCUAUAGGCGACAGCCAACCAUUCAUGAGACAGGAGUCUGGUGAGCGAAUGGCCACUGCUCACCAUUUUUUCCCUUUGUUGUGUGAGGAACUGAAAGUGUUCCGUCCACUGCGCCUCUUGCUUCUUCAUGUCCUGUAGGUCCUGCUGACCCUCAGAGAUCCUCUUGACCUGAGCAGCGGAUGACAUCACAUCAAUUGAUUUAGCGCGAGAACCGAUCGAAACAGUGUUCUGGUGCUUACAAUGAAGUCUAGCUCUUCCUUCUUCUCCUUCUCAAUCGACUCCUGUUCACAUACAACAGCAAGGAAAGCAGUUACGUAAGACACAAAAGUAUGCUCGUGUCUCUCCUGCACUUGUUUAAGAAAUGCGCCGAUGAAGAGCUCGACCUCGGCCUGGAUCUCUGUCAGCUGAGAGGAAACAAAUGCAUGGUGCCUGCAGUUUUGAUGGUUGUUAGACAAGCGCACCAGUGUCUUCUGUCUGGCAAUAUCCUGCUCCAGCUGCUUGCCCUCACGUUCAUCAUCAGACUGCACCAGAACAUCGGCACUUGUCUCACCGACAAAGAACAUGGGCAUGCCAUCCGUAUGAGUCACCUUGUUGGUCUCUAUGUUGACGAUGCCGUCUUUGAUCGAGUGAACGAUGUUCUCACGCUUUUUCAAAUCCCUGGGUUCGCACAGAAGCCAGGUGAGGUUGGUGUGUGGAUGUUUGUGUGCACUUUCGGUCCUUGCACCUUCUUGCCCUGUCGACGCUCUUGGUCUUCUGCAUUGUCUCAUCCGCCAAGACGCGGAUCUGGUAAAGGAAUGGCGAGAUUGAGACAAUGUUGCAGCCUGCUUCCAUCGCCGUGUCUCACCUCAAGAUUGGUCUCCUUUAGUGAUAACUCCAACUCUGUCCGCCUCUCGAGCGCAGAAACCGUCUCGUACUGGUAGUGUCACGCAUACAUUCAUAUCGUACACCCAGGAAUGUACUGAUAAACUUCUAGGGGAUGUUUAGCUCACCUUUGCCCCUUCGAGUUUGGCGAGGACCUCCCUCAUGUUCUGUUCCUUCCUGAAGAGAGGAUCGCCAUCGCGUGUGUAUCCCAUGCAUACGCCCGUUGCUUGCAGCUGUAUACCUGAGCACUUCGUCUCUGUCCCACUGCACCUGCAGGUCCUUGUCCUGCACGGACUCAUCGAUCGCCUGAAAAGACGAGAGGCAUCCGUAGAAAAGGCGUGCCAAAUUUGUUGCUCUUGUCGUCGUACUUUCCUCUUUUCCUCCAGUGUGGCGAGGGUCGCGUUGGCUGUCUCGAUGUCCUGACGGACGGACGCACGCAGACACCAGCGAGCAUAUGAAGUGCGACAUACGCUCCGGUCUGACGUAUGUCGCUACAUGUGUGACAGUCUCCAGCUGAUGCGUGAGGGAUUUCAAGGCACUGCCAAACUUGUUGCCCUGCUUCCUGCACGCACAGGAGCGUGAGCACCGGACGUUGGCGUCAGAAUCGCGACUACAUCUUACCGUAUCCUUUCAGGGUCGGCCGCAAUCUUGCGGUAUUCUGUCUCCAAGGCAUCCUUCUCAAAGUGGUCGGCCUUAUCGACAGCAAAACAAAGAGGUCAUUGAGAGUACGCUUCGUUGUGCUCUCCACAGUUGUCUCACGUCGAGUUGUUGCUCCAGGUGGCUGACUUGCUCGGAGAGAUGCUCCUCCUGUUCUUGGUGUCUCUCUGUGGACAAGCGGCGAAAACAAUAUCGGCCUCUUCCCACAUAGGCACGUCGUACCUUUCUGCUGUUUCUGCAUGGCGAUCUCUUUCUUCGCAACCCGGGAUAAAAUGGAUUCUAUUGCAUUGAUGGAAGAAUUCCUCUUGAGCAAAUGUCUUACCUCUAGCAAGUCGAUUUCGGCUUUGAGCUUCUCGAUGACAGGCAGCUGCGCCGCCUCCUCUUGACGCUGCUUCUCGUCGAUUUGCUGCACCAGCAGAAAACACAUCAUGUGUGGGCAGUGGGUCAAUCGCGAUUGUGGCUUUCUUUAUGAGCACCUCUUGCAGCUCCGCUUUUUCGUUCUCACACUCGGCUAUCUGGGCCUGCAGCAUUGCCUCCCACUCCUGCAUCUGGUCAACCUCGCCCUGCUUCUGCAAAUCAAGGACCGUCACACAGAUACAAGAAUCAUCGCAACGGCACGACAGCGACCGACCCGCCCCAGUCCCACCCACCUUUCUGAGUUGCUCCCGCAGCUGCGUGAUGGUCCCGGCGUUCUCGGCCUGCUCCAUGGUGGUCUUUUCGAUGCGGAUCUUCUCCGCCAUGAGUUGUUGGUGCAGCUCCUUUGUCCGCCUGAGGAAGCUCUUCUCGUUCUCGAGUGUCUGCACCACAUGCUGGUGCAGCUUGGCGUACUUCUGUUUGUACAAGUCGGCACUGCAGUGCAAACACGACCACAAACAGGGCGAGCACACACACACAUCAUACACUCACAGUUCCCCAGCAUUGUGCUUGACUGUGUGACCUCUUUCUCUCUCACUCUCUCUUGGUUGCUUACUGCGCCUUGCUGAUUUUUCCAUCCUUGUAGAGUUUGUCGAGAUAGUCAAAGGCGAGGCUGCUGGACACAUCCCCGAUUUGUGCAGCGGCCUCUGACAUGCUGAGGAUGCGACUCUGCAAUGGGGGCUGCUGAGGGCCUGGCUUUCUUCCCUCGGGAAGAAUGAUGUUGAGCUUGCCUGCACUUCAAAUCCUGUAAGGAGGACGGUGA